CAUGAUGCUGCCAGUGAAUAUCAUCACGACGCCACAAAGAGAGAAAACCAAACCACGAUCGGGGUGAUUCUUUCUUUUGCUUUGCAGGACUCCAACCUGUGAAUUUCAGAAAUUCACUUAGCCAACCUUUUCUCCUUCAGUUUGACCUCCUCUCCAUCUUCAGACCAUGGACACAGCUGCAGUGAUGACUCUUCUGGCUCUAAUCCUGGCGAUGGCUGGCGUCAGUCAGGCUCUUCACAUCCAAGGCGGUGGGGAUGAAAAUGACAUGCUGCCUGGCAGCUCGGAGGAGAACAUGGCCGACCGCCUGCUGGGGCUGGAGAUUGAGAGCAGAGACACCAGCCUUGAUGAUCGCCUGCUACUUUUAGUGCUAAGAGCACUGAAGCAAGCUGGUUUCCCUCUGGGAAUCCAGAGAGAAACCAGGGAAUCUGUCCUCCACCAGCCACAGAGGUUUGGCCGCAGCUCCAAUGGGCAGGUUGUGUUGGAGGAUAAGAUUCAGCCCCGGGACUGGGAGGCCGCCCCUGGUCAGAUCUGGAGCAUGGCCGUGCCCCAGAGGUUUGGCAAGAAGUAAUCUGGCAGCUGGACCCACGUGUCACUGUUCUGGAACAAGGCUGAGCAGAUGUCUGCAGACUAAAUUAAGAUGAAUAAAAUCUGAAAAGUAUUAGCAUAUUUUUUUCCUUUCUGAUGAAUAUUGUAGUCAGCCACACAACAUGGUAAAUUUUGAUUAAGAAUAAAAUUAGCUUUUAUUCUUAAACUUCUAGCAUACAAAAAUAUGUUAACUAAUGUUUUGUAUCUACUGAGAGGAUUGGGAUUAAACACUGAAAGUGUUUGUUGUAAUUUGUCCAAUAAAACAGCUUUGAAGUAGAAAA